GUACAAUUUCUCAACAUUGAAUAACAUAACAGUUCACCAUAUAAUUGUGAACUAUCAUUGAGUGAAAUAACAGCAAAUAAAAUUGAAAAUAGCAAUGAUGAGUGAACAGCAACAGCAGAUGCAGGAUGAACAGAUGCAGGAACCUGCAUCUGCUGAAGCAGGUGCAGGUGAUGAGGGCGGUUCUCAGCCGUCAGCUGACCAAGGUGGCACAGGGAGCGGAGCAGCAGGCUGGCCGCUGCGGCUGUGGACGCACGAGCUGACGCAGCGGCUGCUGCAGAAGGUGCAGCAGCGCAAGCGUCUGCUGCUGGACCCCAAGCUGCGGCGCCGCACCGUCUACGCUGAGGUCGCGGCCGAGUUCCAGGACGAGGGCAUAUGCUUCACCUCCUGUUUAACGAGGAUCCUGGAGGACAUCUACUCAGAGGUGGGUGAUGACGGGGUGCGGGUGCUGCUGCCCACCUCCAGCCUCAACCCACUCGUCCACAGCCCACCCCGGCAGGAGAGGGUGCGCCACUCCAAGCGCCUCAGGACGCGCCCCGCUCGUCUCAAAGGACACGUGGACUACGCGGACGUCUCCCUGAGGUGCGAGAUGGACGCGGCGGACAGCCUGGAGCGCGUCCGCGCCGUCCUCCUGGAGCGGCUGGAGGACGUGGCGGCGCAGCGGACGGCGGCCACCGCUGAGAGCGUCCGCGCCUGGACGGCGGUCAACGACGCACUCACCGCCAUGGCGGACAACCUGGCCACCCUUAACUCUAGUGUCCUCAUGCUGGCCCAUACGGCCACUAGUGUCAUGGCCGCCCUCAACAGGGUGGCCAGUAGGAAGUAGUGGCGGCCACUAGUGUCCUGGCCGCCCUUAAC